AUGGUCGGUCUCGGUCCUCGCAGACCCCCAUCCAGAAAGGGUUCCAUGGCCGAUGUGCCCAAGGAUCUCCUUGCCCAGAUCAAGCACCUUGAGGAGAUCUUCACUGUUCCUAAGGAGACUCUCGACAAGAUAGUAACAAAGUUUGUCAAGGAGCUCGAGAAGGGUCUUGCUAAGGAGGGCUCUACAAUCGGAGACAUCACUGACAUCCGACAGCCCAUGAAUCCGACCUGGUGUAUGGGCUUCCCCACUGGUCACGAGACCGGUACCUUCCUCGCUCUCGACAUGGGAGGCACCAACCUCCGUGUCUGUGAGAUCCACCUGCCCGAGGAAAAGGGAGAGUUCGACAUCAUCCAGUCCAAGUACCGCAUGCCUGAGGAGCUCAAGACCGGCACUGCUGAUGAGCUCUGGGGAUACAUCGCCGACUGUCUGCAGCAGUUCAUCGAGUACCACCACGAGGGUGAAAAGCUCGACAAGCUUCCCCUUGGUUUCACCUUCUCGUACCCCGCCACCCAGCACUACAUCGACCACGGUAUCCUGCAAAGAUGGACCAAGGGCUUUGACAUUGACGGUGUUGAGGGCGAGGAUGUUGUCCCUCCCUUCGAGAAGGCUUUGGCCGAGCGUGGUGUCCCAAUCAAGCUGACCGCUCUGAUCAACGACACUACUGGUACUCUCAUCGCCUCUGCCUACACCGACACCGAGAUGAAGAUCGGAUGUAUUUUCGGUACCGGAUGUAACGCUGCUUACAUGGAGAACUGCGGUUCCAUCCCCAAGCUCGCUCACAUGAACCUCGACCCUGAGCUUCCCAUCGCCAUCAACUGCGAGUACGGCGCUUUCGACAACGAGCACGAGGUCCUUCCCCUCACCAAGUACGACCACCAGAUCGACGAGGAGUCACCUCGUCCUGGUCAGCAGGCCUUUGAAAAGAUGAUUGCUGGUCUCUACCUCGGCGAGAUCUUCCGUCUUGUUCUGCUUGACAUGCACGAUGGCAAGCACAUGUUCGAGGGCCAGAGCGUCGACAAGCUCAAGAAGCCUUACAACAUCGAUGCUUCUAUUCUUGCCGCUAUUGAGGAGGACCCCUUCGAGAACUUGUCCGAGACUGCCGAGCUGAUGCGCGUCCAAUUCGAUCUUCAAUGCAACAAGCCUGAGCUGGAGUUGGUUCGCCGCCUGGCCGAGCUCAUCGGUACCCGUGCCGCUCGUCUGUCCGCCUGUGGUGUCGCUGCUAUCUGCAAGAAGAAGGGUUACAAGACUGCUCACGUUGGUGCCGACGGUUCGGUGUUUAACAAGUACCCCCACUUCAAGGCCCGUGGUGCCCAAGCCCUGCGCGAGAUGCUCGACUGGCCCGAGAAGAAGAACAAGCGUGAUGCCGACCCCGUCGAAAUCAUGACUGCCGAGGAUGGUAGCGGUGUUGGUGCCGCCCUGAUUGCUGCCCUUACGCUCAAGAGAGUCAAGGAGGGUCAGCUCGCCGGUAUCAAGGAUGCCAAGUCCAUGCUCAACUUCUAAGCGUUCUGUUUCAUGAUUGAAAGCGAAUCUCUAGAUGGGGUUUCUUUUGGCGUGGAGGAGUUUGCGGACACCGGCGUAUCAUGAGGGUUGAUGACGAGAGGGAAGUGGAUUGAGAAAGAUGCUUCCCCUACUAUAGCUAAUGGCUAUGCUUGCACAAAACGAAAUGAACAUCUUAACGACAACU